UACCAUUCUUUUUCUCAAAGAGCAAGCAUAAAAGAACAUAAAAGAACCAAACUUUUUUAAUUUAUUUCAUAUUGUCAAUAGCUUCUGUUUAGUAUAAAUCUUCUAGGUCUCUUCUCGUUGUUGUUUCGUCUCAUUGUUGCUCUGUUUCUUGAGGUUUUAUUAAUGGAUGCUAGUACUUUAAACUCGGUGAUCAAUAGGUUGCUUGAAGCUAGAGAGAAACCAGGAAAGAUUGUUCAAUUGUCUGAAACAGAGAUUAAACAGCUCUGUUUCGCCUCCAGAGGUAUCUUCUUAAGACAGCCAAAUCUCUUGGAACUCGAAGCUCCAGUCAAAAUCUGUGGGGACAUUCAUGGACAAUAUCCGGAUCUCUUGAGACUAUUCGAAUAUGGCGGUUACCCUCCUCGUUCAAACUACUUGUUCCUUGGAGAUUACGUUGAUCGCGGCAAGCAGAGCAUCGAAACGAUUUGUCUUUUACUCGCUUACAAGAUCAAAUUCCCUGAAAACUUCUUCCUUCUUAGAGGAAACCAUGAAAGUGCCUCAAUAAAUCGCAUUUACGGCUUCUAUGACGAGUGUAAACGCAGAUUCAGUGUCAAGAUUUGGCGAAUCUUCACCGAUUGCUUCAAUUGUCUCCCCGUGGCUGCACUCAUCGAUGAUCGGAUUUUUUGUAUGCAUGGUGGGCUCUCACCGGAGCUUCUUAGCUUGAGACAGAUUAGGGAUAUUCGUCGUCCAACAGAUAUUCCUGAUCGCGGUUUACUCUGUGAUCUCUUGUGGUCUGAUCCUGAUAAAGAUGUUAGAGGUUGGGGGCCUAACGAUCGCGGAGUUUCUUACACUUUCGGAUCGGAUACAGUUUCUAGCUUUCUGAAAAGACUUGAUCUUGACCUAAUUUGUAGGGCUCACCAGGUUGUUGAAGACGGAUUCGAGUUCUUUGCGAAUAAGCAGCUCGUGACGAUAUUCUCUGCACCGAAUUACUGUGGAGAAUUCGACAAUGCAGGUGCGAUGAUGAGUGUGGACGAUGAUUUGACCUGCUCUUUUCAGAUCUUAAAACCUAAUGACAAGAAAUCAAAGUUCAGUUUCGGAAGUAGAGGUGGUGCUAAAACUAGCUUCCCUUAUCCUAAAGUCAAGUCGAUUUUGAGUUCGCAGAAUUCGAAAGAAUACAACUGAUGAAGUUUUGAUGACUCCAUAAAACUCCGCAUAAUAACUGUUUAGAAAUCAUGCCAACGUAAUUCGAUUAUAUGAUGAGAAAGCAAGAUGAUUUUGAAUUUCGGAAUUUUGGGAAGCUUCUGUUUUUGUUUUGUUUUUGUGUUGUCUUUUGCUUUUACUUGUGUGUAUGUUUUUUAUAUCUCUAUUGUUUGUAAAUUUGGUUUGUAACUGUUGGCGAUUAGAAUUUGAUAUUAAAAUAUGAUUUCCUUUGGACCA